UCCUCCCACUUGUUUCAUCAAGCCCUUUAAAAUCUUCCCUCCCCACAGCCCGCAGCUCUCUGACUGACCCAUUAAUGCCACAUAAAAGAAUUCACAUAUUUCACACUCCAAAACCCAAUAUGAACACCGGCCCCCUCCUUUUGUAUUUAUCAUAACGUCCUUCCCAUACAAAACCAAUAUCAAAAACAAAGUGCACAUGGGGAAGAAGAUGAAGCUCCCUUUCCUCUCCAAGAACACCAUACAAGCAAAAUCCUCCUGGCCAUGGCCUUCCUGUCACCAGCCCAGAACUCUCUCUUUCAGAACAGAUGACAGCCUCUUCAAGACCAUCAACUCAGCUUACUUGGACGCCAUCAUUGAGGCUGAAACGCCCGAGUCAUGGUUCUCCAACUCCUCUGAAUCAGCAAGCUUUUCAACAGCAUCUGACGAGUCUGGGGGUGAUCCUGUUGAGACUGUCAUUCGUGGUUUAAGGUCAGAGAGGCUGUUUUUCGAGCCAGGAGAGACUAGUUCAAUCCUGGAAGAGGCUAAGCCAAGCGGGUUACCAUUUAAAGAGAGUGUAGUCUUGUCAAUGGAGUCUCAAGAUCCAUUCGCGGAUUUCAGGAAGUCCAUGGAAGAAAUGGUGGAAGCUCACGGGUUAAAAGAUUGGGGAGGUCUUGAAGAGCUUUUGUGUUGGUAUUUGAGAGUAAAUGGCAAAAGCAAUCAUGGCUACAUCGUUGGUGCCUUCGUUGAUUUGCUUGUAGGUCUUGCUCUCUCGUCUACGGCAAUUCCUUCUUGUUCCAAUUGUUCUCAUUCUCCUUCUUCUCCUUUAUCUUUUUACACUUCUUCUUCCUCUGAGGAUUCUUCAACAACUCCUUGUGUAUCUUCAUUAGAAGCUGAGGAAGAGAUUGAUAACACCAGUCAUUGUUUAUCUUCAUUAUUAGAGGCAGAAAAGGAGAUCACUGAAGAUAAAGAUGAUGCUUCUUCAUCUUUAGAUGUUUGAUUCAAUAUCGGAAAAUAUUGUGUAUACCCACUAAAUUUUAGAAAUGAUAGUGAACUUUUUCUUUUCUUGAUUCUUUUCU